AUGGAGUCUCAAAAAACUGAAUACACCAGUCCAACCACCAACAUAUUGUCAACAUCAGGUAUGUCACAAUCCACUUUGGAGAUGUCUUCAGUUGAGAUGUCUACUAAAGAACAUGGUUCCACAAGCCAUCCUUCAAUGGAAAGUACAGCUAUUGUCUCAACCACAGAAUAUCAUAUUUCCAAACCAUUCACAAAUACAAACUCUCCAAAGACAACUGAAUCAUUGACGUCCCCCUCCACUACACACAUAACAUCCUCACCUGUUAUUACAAGACAAGACGUAACUGCAACUCAAACCCAAAGCACAUCAAUUCCUAUCUCAAUGGAGUCUCACACGACUGAACAUACGAGUCCAACCAACAAUAUAUUGCCAACAUUAGGUAUGUCACAAUCCACUUUGGAAAUAUCUUCAACUAAGAUGACUACUGAUGAACAUGGGUCCACAAGUAUAGGCCAACCUUCAAAGGAAAGUACAACUGUGGUCUCAACCGCAGAAGAGCGUCUUUCCACAUCAUUCACAGCUACAAACUCCCCAAAGACAAUUGAAUCAGUGACGUCCACCUCCACAACAGCCAAAACAUUCCAACCUGUUGUUACAAAAGAAGACAUAACUGCUACUCAAACCCAAAGCACAUCAAUCCCUACCUCAAUGGAGUCUCAAAAAACGGAAUACACCAGUCCAACCACCAACAUAUUGUCAACAUCAGCUAUGUCACAAUCCACUUUGGAGAUGUCUUCAAUUGAGAUGACUACUAAAGAACAUGGUUCCACAAGCCAAUCUUCAACUAAAAGUACAACUGUGGUGUCAACCGCAGAAGAUAAUCUUUCCUCAUCAUUCACAACUACAAACUCCCCAAAGACAAUUGAAUCAGUGACAUUCGCCUCCACCACAGCCAUAACAUUCCAACCUGUUGUUACAAGAGAAGACAUAACUGCUACUCAAACCCAAAGCACAUCAAUCCCUACCUCAAUGGAGUCUCACACGACUGAACAUACGAGUCCAACCAACAAUAUAUUGCCAACAUUAGGUAUGUCACGAUCCACUUUGGAAAUAUCUUCAACUAAGAUGACUACUGAUGAACAUGGGUCCACAAGUAUAGGCCAACCUUCAAUGGAAAGUACAACUGUGGUCUCAACCGCAGAAGAGCGUCUUUCCACAUCAUUCACAGCUACAAACUCCCCAAAGACAAUUGAAUCAGUGACGUCCACCUCCACAACAGCCAAAACAUUCCAACCUGUUGUUACAAAAGAAGACAUAACUGCUACUCAAACCCAAAGCACAUCAAUCCCUACCUCAAUGGAGUCUCAAAAAACUGAAUACACCAGUCCAACCACCAACAUAUUGUCAACAUCAGCUAUGUCACAAUCCACUUUGGAGAUGUCUUCAAUUGAGAUGACUACUAAAGAACAUGGUUCCACAAGCCAAUCUUCAACCUAAAAUAAGAGUACAAACUGUGGUGUCAACCGCAGAAGAUAAUCGUUCCUCAUCAUUCACAGCUAGGAAACUCCCCAAAGACAAAUUGAAUCAAGUGACAUCCACCUCCACAAUAGCCAAACAUUCCAAACCUGUUGUUACAAAAGAAGACAUAACUGCUACUCCAAACACCCAAAGCCCAUCAAUCCCUACCUCAAUUGAGUCUCAAAAAACGGAAUACACCAGUGCCAACCACCAACAUAUUGUCACAAAAUCAGCUAUGUUACCAAUCCACUUUUGGAGGAUGUCCUUCAAUUGGAAUGACUACUAAAGAACAGGGUUCCACAAGCCAACCUUCAACCUAAAAGUACAACUGUUGGUGUCAACCGCAGAAGAUAAUCUUGCGCUCAUCAUUCACAAAUAACAAACUCCCCAAAGACAAUUGAAUCAGUGACUUCGCCUCCACCACAGCCAAACAUUCCAACCUUUGUUACAAGAGAAGACAUAACUGCAACUCAAACCCAAAGCACAUCAAUCCCUACCUCAUGGAGUCUCACACGACUGAACAUACGAGUCCAACAAACAAUAUAUUGCCAACAUUAGGUAUGUCACGAUCCACUUUGGAAAUAUCUUCAACUAAGAUGACUACUGAUGAACAUGGGUCCACAAGUAUAGGACAACCGUCAAUGGAAAGUACAACUGUGGUCUCAACCGCAGAAGAUCGUCUUUCCACAUCAUUCACAGCUACAAACUCCCCAAAGACAAUGAAUCAGUGACGUCCACCUCCACCACAGCCAUAACAUUCCAACCUGUUGUUACAAGAGAAGACAUAACUGCAACUCAAACCCAAAGCACAUCAAUCCCUACCUCAAUGGAGUCUCACACGACUGA